CUUCCCUCCCCGUUCCUCCCGGGAGGAGCCGCCAGCCAAGAUGUCCCGGUCCAACCGGCAGAAGGAAUACAAAUGCGGGGACCUGGUCUUCGCCAAGAUGAAGGGUUACCCGCACUGGCCUGCCCGGAUCGACGAGAUGCCGGAAGCUGCAGUAAAAUCCUCCUCCAAUAAAUACCAAGUCUUCUUCUUUGGGACCCACGAAACGGCGUUCCUGGGGCCCAAAGACCUCUUCCCCUACGAAGAAUGCAAGGAGAAGUUUGGGAAACCCAACAAACGGAAAGGGUUCAGCGAAGGUUUGUGGGAGAUCGAGAACAACCCCACCGUCAAAGCCUCCGGCUAUCAGCCCACCCAGAAGAAGACCUGCCCCGAGGACGCCGAGCCGGAGCGGGAGCCGGAGGGCGACGGGGAGAAGAAGGGCAACGCAGAGGGCAGCAGCGAUGAGGAGGGGAAGCUGGUGAUCGAUGAGCAGUCCAAGGAGAAGAACGAGAAAGCCGGGAUCAAGAGGAAAGCGGAAGAUGCUUUGGAGGACUCCCCCAAACGCACCAAGGAGGCGGAGGGGCAGGAAGGGGAGAAGAAGGUAGACAACGAAGAGGCCCCCAAGGAGGAGCCGAAACCCAACCCGGCCGAAGGGGAGAAGGAGAAGAACAGCGACGCCGCCGGCAUGCCGGACGCCAACGAAGCCAAGCAGGAGGGCAAGGAGAAGGCGGGCGCGGAGGAGGUCAGAGAUCACAAGGAGAGCCUGUAGCGGCCUCCCUGGCGAGCUGAUCUUCCCG